GAUAUAACUCAGCAACAACUUUGUGACAUUGAUUGUGUUGACAUCAUAGAAAAAUGUGUUCGUUUCCACAUUCACUGUGCUGAAGCAAUGUCUGAAGAAGAUACUGCAACAUUUGAUCCAAAGAUCAACAAUGAAAAUCUGACCAAAUGUCUUCAAACUUUGAAACAUAUGUAUCAUGAUUUGCUUUCAAGGGGAAUAGAAUGUACAAAUGAAGCAGAAUUUCGAGCAUAUGAUAUCUUAUUAAGUCUCACUGAAGGUGAAACGCUCAGGCUUGUAAAAGAUAUUAGAAAGGAUGUAUUAAAAUCUUCUUUCAUAAAAUUUGCCUUUGAGGCAGCAUUGGCAUUCAAAAGUAAUAACUAUGUGAAAUUUUUUAAACUAAUGGAAGAAACUACAUAUUUAAAUAGUUGCAUUAUGCAUCGUUACAUUAAUGAAGCUCGAGCUCAAGCUUUGCAAGUUAUAGUGCGUGCUUACUCUACUCUUCAGCGUUCUACCAUGUAUCCCAUUACCAGUUUAGUUAAGGAUUUAAAAUUUGAAAGCCCUCUGGAUGCUUGCAAUUUUUGCAAAUUGCAUGGAUUAUCUGCCAAUGAGAGAUACGUCACACUGGAAAGGCAAACAUUUAGCAAAAUGUCAUCUGUCUUUCCAGCAACAAGAUCUAAGGAACUUGUUCACAAGAAAAAAGGUUCCAGUUUGGGCAAGAUUGUAAACAAUGGUCUUCUGCCAGAAAAUCCUCUUGCAUGGUAUGAACCACAUAGCAGUUUUAAUGAAAAGGGCAUCUUUCAGCAAGAGACCUUGGCUGUAGGAUAUCAGCAGAAAUCUCAGCCUGUCAAAGUAUAUGAUGCAACUUUAAAUCACAAGAAUGAAGAUGUACUGGAUAAAGUUAGAAGCAAAUUAGUUAAGAAAAAAGUACCUGAUGCUAAAUCUCCUUUCACAUUAGAAGGAAAGUCUGAAUCAGCCCCCAAAGCUGAUGAUCAUUUCAAAUCAGCAGAGAAAAUUAGUAAAUUAUUUUCUUCAAGAAAAGGUCAAGAAAAUAAAAUCCAGAGGGAGGAUGUUGUAGUCAUUUCUAGUUCAUAUUCACCAACUAUGCAUAAUAAAACUAUUACAUCUGAUGUGAAAAUAAAAACUCCUCUAACAUUUAAAGAAGCCAUUUCAGCAGCAAUGUGCAGAAAGUCGCAGUCUUCACCAAUAUUUGGUGCUCCUAAAAAAAGUGAUACAUUACCAAAAAGGGAAACCUUUUUCACUGAGCAACCUCUAAAACCAUCUAGCUCUUUUUUCAGCAAGCCUGCCUCAGCUUUUCUUUCUUCUCACACCUUCAAAUUACACGAAAGAACACCACUGGGAGGUGAUAUAAGUGCUUCUCAAACUGAUGUUCAGCAGAUGUCUACAUCUACAUUUUUUAAAAAUUUUAAAUCAACAAAGUUUAGUGCCAGCCCUGAAAAAACUAUAUCUGUUGAACCAGGUGAUGUGCCUAUGGAUGGUACUAGUGUUAGAAAAGAGCAAGAGAUAAUAGCAAAAAUAAAGGAUGAUGAAAUAGUAACCUCUUUGGACAGAGAUCAAUCACCAGAUGCUGAAGAAAUGUUAUUAGAUGAAAGCUUGGAAGCAAAUGAUAAUGAAAGAGCAUUGUCAGAUACAGCCGAAAAAGUGUAUGCAGAAUGCAUUAACGAUUACUUUACUGAAGUUUGCGAAGAAGUUGUAACUGAAGAGCAGCACAGAAGAACUGAAUUAGAUGAUAUUAGGGAGAAUAUGAGACUUGAGCUGGCAAGAUAUGCUAUUUAUAAGUGGAAAUUAUUUUGUGAGAGAAAAAGACAGAGAAAUAGAUUUCAAAAUUCUGUACCUAGCUCUCCAUGGGUGCCUAUGUUAAUAAAUACUGAAUAUGUGACAGCUGGAGCAGCAAGUCCUAUUUCAGUGUAUAAGAAGCAUUGUUCAGUCUCAAAAUUAACAGCUUCUAAACUAGAAAAGAAAAAUGAUCCAAAGCCAGGAUGGGAAUAUUUGACUACCGAAUAUUUUUCAUCUAUGAAUCAAUUGCCUGAUUUUCCAGCUGCUUAUCUUUGUAAUACUGGAGUUACAAAAUUCUUCAAAUUUUGUCUGGUGUUAGUUAAAAAUGGGGAAGAUAGCAUAUCAUGUUUUAUUGAAUGGAUGCAAAGUAAAUUCAGAUUAGCUGAAGUUCCAGGUAGCUCAGAAGAAGAUGUAAAGCGUUUGAGUUUUUAUACAUUAAAAGGUGGUAAAACAGUAAUUUGUAUAAGUGCUAUCAUCAUAGAACCACAUGUUAAAUUCAAGCCUAAUAAUUUCAUGAUGGGAAUUUCUGCUAUGAUUUUCUGUAUUCCUACUGCUUUCAAAUGUCCUGAGGAUUUUUGUGAAGUAACAGCACAAUUUGAGAUAUUACUUGUGGAACAAAAGCAUUUGGGCUCGUUCCCAUUGUAUGCUGUUUUCCUGCAAUCAAAACAGUCUUAUAAUGCUGCAAAUAGUAUCACUUCAUUUUUAAAUUUGAAGAGAAUUUCAGAAAAUUUUUCAGCUGUGAAAAUGAGUAAUAGCUUUGAAAUUUCAGAUUAUGUCAACAGUUCUAAAGAAAUUGUUUCUGUUGUGAAUUGGUUAACUGAAAAUCUAGAAAACCUGCCACCUAUUGACAAUUGCUGUGUACAAUAUUAUUUAGAAGAUUCUUAUGCUUUAGCCUUCAAUUCUGUAUGUUGGAAACUUUCUUUGGAGGAAUAUGAAUCACUAAAAUUGAUGCCUCAACACAUGAUUAAUUUUUAUAACAAAGUUAUUACUUCUAGAGCUUCACUUCUAAUUUCGGACUUCUUAGUUAAAAUUUCGCAAUUCUGGCCUCCUGAGGAAAUUUUCAUUUUACAACCAAGUUACAAAUUCAUAGAAAUGAGGGUUCAGAAGUUAAGCCAAAAUGUAAUUGCAAAAAUGUGUCUUCCUAAGUUUCAAGGGAAUCCUAAUUCCACAGAUGAUCUAUGGCAUUAUGUAGAAAAUGUUGCCAAUCUUGUUGAUGUUGAAAAAAAUAUGUUAAUUUUGAAUAUAAAGAAUGUUUUAGAAAAUGUACCACAGGUUUCAAUUUGGACAAAUGUUAUCAGCAAGUGUGCUUAUCAUCUUCUUUGCAACCAGUAUUCAAAACUUAUGAAUUUGGGUAUGAAUGAAUUGAUUUAUUAUGUGAAGGAAGAAGCAGAUGAAUUGAACUUUGAUGACUUUUGGGAAGUUUCGUUUUUAGACUGGAAACUUGACUGUGAAAACAGACAAAAAAGGAAGAACCUUCUAAAUGAAGAAGAUAAUCAAGUAGUUAAAAAACCAAGAAAAGAUUUGUUAACUAGUGACUUGAAUUUAAUGAAGAUAUACCAGUCAACAGCAAACAAUGAUAUCUCAGCCUGUGACAUGAAUACUUCUUUAGCUGCCCUUCGGCAAGCUAUAAUGAAAGAAGAGGAAGAAUGCAAUUCAUUCCUUCAUAAUCUGGAUGAAUCUUUUGAAUGCAAGAAUAUUUUUGAUGAUAAACAUGCAGAUUUCCUCUCAAGCACCCAGAUACACACAGAUAUUCAAGAGAAAGAAGCGACUUGUGAUAAACUUUUUUCUAAACAACCCAAGCAGUCAUUCCUAAACUCAAAAAGUACAGGUUAUGAUGAAUGGAUAAAUAAAUCACAGCAUUCUUCUGAAGUCCCUACACUAUCAAGCAUUACAAGGAAACUUUCAGAACUUAGAUAUAACAUACAGAAGAAUAAUAUUUUAGAAGAUAAUAUUAGUUUCUUAUUGAAUACAUGAUGUUUAAAAUAUUGUUUUGAAUUUUGUGAUAAAAUGGAAAUUUAUGCUAUUUCAUCAAGUUAUGAUCAAAAUUUUAAAAAGUUGUAAAAUAUCUUCAAAAUUACUUUGAAUGUGUUUCUAUAUUUACUAUCUGAAUCUAGUUUUUGAGCUUAAAUCAAGUCUUGUAAUAUAUUUUUGUUAAAAUUGUAAAUAUGUACAGUGUUGCAUAAACUUUGGUUUUAUGAAUCUUAUUAUAAAUAUGGUUUUCUUGAAGUGACAUUAUUUUGAAUUAUGAAAAAUAAAGACAGUUUUUGAAAUAUGA